AAUCGCGAAAGUAUAAGUUUACUGAUUAAUAUACUAAUGAAAAAACCAUGUAAACCGCUGGAAUCAACAGAAAUGAAGAUUUUUCAUAAAUUUGAUACUAGCGUACAAAUUAAUACUCAGCGUUAUACAUGUCUCGCACUGUUAACAUGUGUAUUUAUAGUGUUGACAUCUUUAUCUGCAAAUUUUAAACAAAGAAAAUUAACAUAUAGAGCAUGGUUGCCGUUUGAUUACUCAUCGACGACAUUAUUCUUCCUGAUGUACAUUCAUCAAAUUAUAAGUUUAGUAGCUGCAGGUCUUUUAAAUAUUGCUUGCGAUACUCUCAUCUGUGGAUUAUUAGUACAUAUUUGCUGUCAACUCGAGAUUUUGGCUUAUCGUUUGAAGAAAAUUAUAUUUUAUACGGACAUUCUUCGCGAUUGUAUACUUCAACAUUAUUACAUCUUCAAACUUGCCAUUCUUAUAAACGUGAAAUUUAGACUGACUAUGACUAUUCAAUUUACAAUGAGUAUGUUUGUGGUAUGCUUCACUCUUUAUCAAUUAAAUAACACAACAACAAAAGCCAAAUACAUUGAAAUGAUAAUGUAUAUGAUUUGCAUGUUAACACAAAUCUUUAUCUAUUGUUGGUGCGGAAACGAAGUAAAAUUAAAGAGCCGUCAAUUGAUCGAUGACAUUUUCGAAAUGGAAUGGCUAACAUUGGACGAAAGUAUGAAGAAGUCUCUAAUUAUAAUAAUGAAGCGAGCAGUUACACCUAUUCAGAUUACCAGCGGUUACAUUUUUCCCAUGAAUCUCGAGUCUUUCAUGAGUUUACUUAAAACAUCGUAUUCUACUUACAAUUUACUUCAACAAAUGAAGUGACAGCGUAAAAGGCCGAUAAAAUCAUGCUAUAUCCACAUCAUGAAACCUGAAAGAGAUGUGCGAAAAGAGGAAGUCAUCAAGAAAUAUUUGAUCGAUAAAUAAUGUUUAUAUCUUACGUAGCCUUAUUAGAAAAUCAAAGAAAAAUGAUCUUUAAAAACAAU